CGGAGCAAACCAUCGUUCUUGGAAGAGAUAACAAACCUGCCCAACCUCCAACAGAUGGCAAAUAGAAUACAAGCUUAUCUUACAAACCAGGACAAUUUACAAAGUUUUUUGCAGCUGUUAGAAAAUGGACGGUUUCUGAAGACUCAAACAAAAUGCAAAUAAUGGGCAGCUGCAGCAAAAUUGCCAGAGGAAUUUCAUGAGCCAGGGAAGAAUGGGAAAAAAAUCCAAUGGAUGAAAUGUCUCAAAGAUGAAUUUCAGUAGUCUUUAAGCAUGGGUAUAUUUGGAAACAUGCUAGAAAGUUUAUAGCUUCAUGAGUACCAUGUCAGGAUAGAUGUCUGUAACUAUUUAGAUUAAAAAUUGAAAGUGAGGAGAAAGGAACUAAAAGUGUUAGAUUCUUUAAAGAAGUUCAGGCUCAGAUUUGGUAAUACUGAACAUAACAUCAACUCAAACAUUUUACUCAUUUGGUUAAAUCCCUUUGUUACUGUAAAAGGACUGUUGAUCAACGAUUCCACAUAGUAGCAUCAUGUAUCAUUUUAAAAGAGUAGUUACAAACACUAGGGUUUAUUGAACUGAGGUCAAGUCUUUCUAAUAUAACUAGAAGAAUCUGACUGAUGGGAUGACUUGUUCUUUCUUCUUCCUCAGAAUGACUGCCUUGUGCACAAUGAAAUAUUUAUGUCAAGUGACCAGAAAUGAGAACAAAUAUGCAAAAAGGUUCUUUGGUACUCUUCUGACACAGACAGCACAAAAGUGGCUCUUUUCUCCACUCUGGAUAGUGGUAUCUGACCCUAAGAAGUCAGCUGUGUUUGGGCUUACUCAACCAUUUUGUACAGAUGAAAAAUCUCACACACAACAAAAACGAAAAGCAGCAUUUGGAAGUGUUGGGCGAAGAAUUCCCUAUCGCAUUUUGCAUGUAAUCAGCCAGGAUGGGGAGAGCUUAGGAAACAUGCACCGAGCAGAGGCACUCAAACUUAUGGAUCAAAAUGGCCUCAAGCUGGUUCUGCUUCGUGAGAAUGUAGAACCUCCAGUUUACAGACUAAUGACUGGGCAGCAGAUUCACGAAGAACAGCUUAAACGUGCAGAGAAGAAAAAAGCAAGUCCAAAGCCAGGGGUGGUUCAGAAGGAGUUAUCCUUUUCUUCAGCUAUUGCCAAGAACGACUUAGAGACCAAGACUAAACAGAUAGCACAGUGGAUUGAAAAGAGACACCAUGUUAAAGUUACCAUCCGGCAAGCAAAAGGUAGCAGUACAGACAUGUUCAUGCUUUUUGAUCAAAUUUUGGAGACUGUGUCUGCGAAAGCAACUUACCUUUCCAAGCCAAAAGUUGCUAGAGAAGGAGUGAGUACCUGUAUUUUCAGGCACAUGUCUGACAAAGAGUUGAAAGAACACCAGAAGAUGGAAAUCAAGAAAAGCAGUACAGUAAAGAAAGAUGAAAACGAAGAUCUGAAAUCAAAUGAGUUGCAUCAAUGACUUUCUGAAGAAGUGUAAACAAUAUGUAUUUAUCCAAAAAAUAAAAUUUAAGAAAAUUAACUUUAGUAUCUAAA